UCGCUUUUAUGCCUAGAGCCGGCCCUGGUGAGCAGCUGCCAUUCAGCGGGCACUUAGGAGCACUGACGGUAACUGCAGAUGAAGGAAGGAAGGAAGGAAGGGAGUGGGCGAGUUAAUAUAGCAGCGGUCCCUUAUUCAGCACACACAAACACCCGCGAAGAGUUUGAGUGAACGAGAGAGAGAUAGAGGGAGUGUGUGUUUGUCCACACAGAGCUCGAACCACUGCAUUCAAACGGAGAAGGGGAGAGGGAAACGGCUGCUACUUAUCUGAACAAGCUUCCACACAUACGGAGGAGCCGAGGCCAUUCCCACUGGCGAUAUUACUGCAGUAGAUUGCAUUGACGCCAGCAGCAAGAGAUACCUCAUGCGGGCAUAGACGCGUCGCAUUUGUCGGUGGUAAAAAGCUACUGGGGCGCCUAUUUACCAACCCCUGCUGUUAUCCUUAUUUUAUUUCGGUUUAUCUCAUUGUACUCUGCUGAGAGUGUGUUUAUUCGGCACCUUGCGUUCGUCAUCCAGUGUAUUUUGGCCGCUGCUUGAAACUGACAAACACUGUUCCUUGACGCGCCCGAAACGUCUGCAGAGGUGGAGGAGACGCCAGGGAGCGGUUGUUGUGGAGCAGGUUGGGAUAUUUUGCGAUAAAAGCUACUCAACCAGAACGUGCAGUCGUGUGUGAGCACGCUUUCGCCGAUGACGAUAGACUGCUGCUUCACAAAUCGGAUUCUUACACUGCUCUUUUAAAAUCAUGAUUUGACAAAUGGGUUAAUUAUCGCCAUGCAAGAGUUUACUACGAAGACCGGUCAAUAGAAUUACGCAUGGAUGCUUGUAUAAUGUAGUCACAACGUUAGUUCCUGCAGAGGUAUUCAGUUAAUAUCAAUCACCAUCGAAAAAAAGCCUUAUUGCGGUAUUGUAUCAAAAUGCCUGCGGGAAUGAAGCCCCUGGAAAAGUUUUUGAAGAAACAGACAACGGCGCUCACUCGAGCUGGUGGCUUUGGUGAGAAGGCGACUGGCACUGGAACUUCUCGGCGGCGAGCCAGCCUGUCUCGGGUGGUUCCGUUUUUCAGGGAAACGUCUCCAGAGAGCGGUCCGGCCAGGGAGGUGUUCAGCCCGGACACUGAGGAAGCACCGUGUUGGCCCUCGGCCACUGCGGACAUUAGGAGCCCGUCGUUGUCUAGCGAUGAGCAAAGCUCCGAGGCGAGUCUGGACACGAGCUGGACCCCGCUGCCUGCGGACACACCGGACAACCUGGCGCUGGCGCUCCUGGACAGUGUGGCGGGCAAACGAUAUGGCAACUGCACAGAAACCCUCCUGGAUGACUUCAUGUUGACACACCCCAUCUUCCUGGCCUCAGACAGGUUCCAGCAGGUCCUACUCCAGCAAUUCGGUGUGGAGGGGAAGGCAGGGGAGGGCUGGCCCAGCUGGGACGGGGCAGAGAGGAAGCGGGCUGUGCUGAGUGUUGCUUUCCGCUACCUGGACACAUACAGAGAACUGCUGCAGGAAGAGGGCGAGAGGUCCAACAGCUUCCCCAAGGAGCUAUAUCUGUGUGCAGUCCAACAACUCAGUCAGUUCCCUGAGCUCGUGGAAGACGUGCUGAAGCUUCAGCGCUGGACCGAGAUCCUCCAAUGCCCCUCCGAGGAGGACAAGGAGAUUCGGAAGAAGCAGGUGCGUCCUCUUUUCCGCCACUUCCGCCGCAUCGACGCCUGUCUGCAGCCCAGAGAGGCCUUCCGGGGAUCAGACGAGAUCUUUUGCAGGGUGUACACGCCGGACCACUCGUACGUGACGAUCCGCAGCCGUCUGUCGUGCCGCGUGGGGGAGAUCCUGGCGCUGGUCAGGGAGAAGCUGCAGUACAGCGAAGACCAGCCAACCCAACCUGGCAACCUGCUGCUGGUGGCUGUCACCUCCGCUGGGGAGAAGGCCGCUUUCCGGCCUAGCGACGAGGCCGUCUUCACCACCCUGGGAGUCAACACUCACCUGUUUGCCUGCGAGCCCUCCGAGCUGGAGAGCCUGCUUCCCUUACCUGAGGAGAUCCACUGGUCGCCCGGCGACAGUAAACUACAUGACAUGAGUGCUGAGGAGGUAGCCACUCAGCUGGUGGUGUUUGACUGGGAGCUCUUCAGCUGCGUGCAUGAGGUGGAGUUUGUGUGCUACGUGUUCCACGGCGAGCAGGCUCGCUGGCGCCCCCUCAACCUUGAGCUGGUACUGCAGCGAUGCAGCGAGGUGCAGCAUUGGGUCGCCACCGAGAUCCUGCAGUGCCAGUCGCUGCCCAAGAGGGUGCAGCUCCUCCGCAAGUUCAUCAAGAUCGCAGCUCUGUGUAAGCAGCAGCAGGACCUGCUGUCCUUCCUAGCUGUGGUCCUGGGGCUGGACAACCCUGCAGUCAGCCGCCUUCGCCUCACCUGGGAGGGCCUCCCUGGGAAGUUCAGGAAGCAGUUCCAGCAGUUUGAGAGCAUUGCGGAUCCAUCCAGGAACCACAAGUCAUACAGAGACCUGAUGGGCAGCCUCAGACCCCCCCUCAUCCCCUUCACACCACUGCUGCUCAAAGAUCUGACCUUCCUCCACGAGAGUUGCAAGUCGUUUCACGGGGAGCUUGUCAAUUUUGAGAAGAUGCAUAAAGUUGCAGAGAUGGUGAGGAGCAUCAGACGAUAUAGGAGCUCUCAACUGGCUCUGGAUGCAGAGCCUUCCCCCUCUCACCUCCAGACCAAGGCCUACGUUCGCCAGCUGCAGGUCAUCGACAAUCAGAACCUGCUCUUUGAAAUGUCCUGCAAGCUAGAGCCCAAAGACAUGUGAGAGAAAGUGCGAAUGAGUGGGAGAGGGACGAGAAAGGGGGAGAUCGCCCCCAUACCCACCUACCCCCUUUCUCCAUUGCAACUCUGCCCUCAAUGGUCUCAACCCUGAUUGGCUGAAUCAGCUAGCCAUUUUUGCUAUGCUGGGUGUUUUCCUGGCUUUCUCCAGCCUCCUUCCUGGUCUGCUUGUCACGAGCCACUGCUGAUUUUGUGUAUAAUACUCAGACUGCUGGAAACGGCUGAGAAAAAUGACUGGAACUCUUUUCUUUGAAGCCUUGUGCGUGUGACUUUGUGAGCAUGUUGUGUGAGGAGGGCACAAGGUUUCAGGACUGACUCGACUUGCAGAUUGGACAGCCAUUUUG